CAGCUGAGUCAAAAUGCUCAUUCCUGGGAAGGAUUAUUGCAUCACAACUGUGUUGGAGGACAGCCAGCAAUGCCCUACGGAUCCCAGCAUGGCUGCUUUUUGCAAUGGAUCAGGGUGAACCAGCCAACAAGGAAACAGCAAAAAUUUUCCAACAAUCACUACAUGCAGACCUGGGAGGAAAGAGCAGUUGAACAUAGAAGACACUACAUCUGAUUGAUGCAAGCUGCGAUAGUGGAGUUUGCUGGCAAGAAUUCAAAGUGACAGGCGACUCUGCAAACUGAGAGGUUGACGAUCCGUCGUCUCGGCGUCUUGGGUGGCGACGCGGCCUUUACUUGAUUGAUUGGAUCGUGUUCUGAAAGGCAUAUCGUGCGCCCGUUCGACCAUCCUAGGUCCGCUCCUUGAGGUCCCCGAAGCCGCGGGACGGGAAUUAGAAGCUCUUCAUGGAAAUCUCCGUGCGGCUCUCCCAAUGAGAUGGCAUCAGACAGCGAGGUGAAGAUGCUACUGAAUUUUGUCAACCUGGCCUCAAGCGACAUCAAAGCGGCACUGGACAAAUCCGCCCCUUGCCGCCGCUCGGUGGAUCACAGGAAAUACCUGCAGAAACAGCUCAAGCGUUUCUCUCAGAAAUACUCCCGGAACCCGAGAUGCCACCCUGGCAAGACGGCGGAGCCCCACCCCAAAAAGGCGGCGGAGGAGGGGCGGCCCCGCGGCGCCCCCGCGGACGGUGUGGACCACCGGAGAGGCUGCGGCGAGAAGGCAUCUGGAAAAUCGGAAACGCCGGAGCAAUCCACCCAGGCCCGGGCGCUGAGGGACCAGAGCCCUGGGGCUGCCCGGCCGGACCACGUUCCCAUGCGCAAAAGACAGCUUCCCGCUUCCUUCUGGGAAGAGCCUCGCCCAGCUCAGAGUUUCCCGGCGGGGCCGGAUGGGCUUCUGGCUCCCGGGGAAGGGAAGAAGAGUAAAAAGGACCUUGAAGGUGCAGGGCCAGAGAGCGCGUCUGUGGCCGGGGCCCCGAGGGGAGAGAAAGAGUCCUCUAAAAUCCCAGGGGCGCCCCUCUCCAGUCGGGCCAAUACCUGGAGUUGCUGUCCAUUUCAGUACCAUGGACAACCCGUCUUCCAAGGUCCAGGAGCCCUGCCUCAGUCUCCUGCCCCUGCCCCGGGCCUGGGGCCGUGGAGGAAGAGUUCAGCUGCCCCAGGGGACCUCAUGCCCUUCUGCAAGGAGUCGUCCGGUGCCACCCAGAAAGUUUACAGACCGGUGGUUUUGAAACCCAUCCCAACCAAGCCCGCGGUUCCACCUCCGAUUUUUAACGUGUUUGGAUAUAUAUAGCCUGGAACCGGUGGCUCUGGGAAAAGAACGAUUAUCCCACCAGCCGCCGCAGCCCACGGGACCUGGGAACCCACCCCGGCCACCCCGGGCCCUCCCCGCACUUUCCUUUGGAGGGACGGUCGGUCGCGAGGUGGGGGAGUUCUGUCUGGAGAGGUGCGGGGGCGCCGGAGUAGGGGAGUGUGGUGGUUUUGGUACACUCGUUCUUUUUCCUCAAAAACGCAGUCAUCGACACGGGUGGUCUUGGUGUGGAGGAGGCCCUAGGCCAUUUGUGAUUUAGCACUUGAACCCGUGGGACAUCCUCGCUUCCCCCCCGCCGGCAGACGGAACUUCUCGAACCGGUGGAGUGGCGGACGGCUCCGUCUGAAUCGAUAGCACGUUCUAGGGCAGCGGUUGUUGAGUUUGGUGGCUUCCUUUGGCUUGAAAGCGGCUCAGGGGGUGAUAUUUAAUUCAGAACAUUUUCCAUUGGCAAACAGAUGUGUAAACUGAAGGUGGAAAGAAUAAAGAAAUUAAUUUUU